AUGGCAAUUUACAGUUCGAAUGGUAUUCUCAUAGCGAUAACUACGACCUUUCUGUGGGCGGUCAUAGAUGCUGCCAACGUCAAUGCUACUGGCUCUACUGAUGGACCUAUUGGCGCGCAUAAUAGCGAUCCGAGUGUUCACUGCUCGAAAACCCGAUGGUACAAUGUGUUAUUUUUCUAUCUCAGCAAUUAUUCCAUUCACGCAGCAACUGUUCGCUCUCUUCCGAGAGAAAGUGCAUGGGCAUCUGCUGCGUACAAGGCUUGCUGUCUGUUGGUUCCUUACGCAGGAGUCCGCCGAGGAUUAAAUGUAUUCUUGAGGGCCAGCAUGUUGGCAAACACACCUCUCCAAAUGGCAGCACGAGCGAAUGCAUUAUGCAUGGUAGUACGUUCACAAGACUGGAGGCCCAGGGACGGGGACUUUAUUCGUGGUUGUGCACUUGAUGCAGCUAUUCCUGAUAAUGACUGUCAAGGUUCCUGUGGACCUAAUUUUCUUGACAAAAGCACAACGAUUGAACAUAUGAAGAUGACAGACUUUCAUGCAUGCACGUCAGAGAUACAAUCAGAGACUUCAAAUAGCACGAAUCCCCGCGAGGUUAUUCUACAUGUCAGAGCCCCGUAUGCGCACUAUGCACCAAAAUCAAAAUGGGCCCAGUUGGGUUUCUUUAUGCUCCAAUCUUACCGUUUCCGCGCGAUGUCUCUGGAUCAGCAGUUGGUACGUGUAGGUGAUAUUGAACUACAUGGCCUUUGUCAAUUACCUUCAGGCUUUACGCUUUGUUUUGUACCACCACAUAUGGCUAUUAAUCCUCGUCAUACUGUUUCUGGUAUCGGAUCCUCCAUGGCCAUCUCUUCACAAUUCUCUGCGUUGCAGGUAUUAUGGUCCAUUGCUCAAACAUGUAUAGGGUCGUAUACGCUGUACCAAUCGAGGGGUUCACAGUUAGAAAUUUACGGAUACGCUGCCUUCGGGUUGACCGUAAUACCCUAUGUGAUUGCUAGCAUUAUCAAUCUGCUAGCAAGCUUGGUCAGUAGGCAAUACGAUAAUGUCUUCUUGGUUCAUUCAUCGAUCAUGGAUGAAGCAAUUAAUCGCGGUGCAGUUGUGGAUGGAGUAGUUGGAUCUAUCGACCGAGUAGAGGAUGAAGGCGAAAACUUAACUAGCGAGGAUGAAUUAGGCAAGCUCGGUAACUCGGCCGUCGUGUUCAGAGGUAAUAUGAAUGUAGAAGGACGAUUCAGUUGCGAAGUUGACACGGCUGAAGAUCUGCUAGCAUACACACUCAUGCCCCCAGAACCCCCUUCUUGUACACCACCGACCAAGAUUCAAAGAUUGAAAAGAUAUCUCCUAGAUAUCUUUGAAGACCCUUCUAAAGUUGAAAAGCGUCUGGCCUCGAGCAUUCAAGCUCUAAAGAAAGAGAAAUGUAUACUCAGCAUACCCUCCCAUAGUUCCUUCACGCGUUUGGCCCCAACACAUCUCGAACCUAUCCUCCUCUUCCUCGCCUCUUUGAUUCUCAUCACUGCCGUCGCAGCUCCCUACAUCAUAAUUUACAUUCUCACCGGCUGGCAAAAGAGACAAGCAACCUCCACCCAAAUUAAUUUUACUAUUCAUUGGCUAUGUCUGGGGCAUUCAAGCUGAUUAUUCAUCGCGGAAUUUGAGAGACAUACUAGGAGGACUUAUUGGGGAUGGAUACUACUUUUUGUGGUGGUUUGUUAUAGUUGGGCUCCCACUGGGGGCUUGGUUGUUGUGGCACAGGAAAUGUAUGAGUUUGGGCAUUGUGAGUCUUUGUGAAUUGUUUGCAGUGGUUAUGUGAUUUGCAAAUAGAUCAGAUAAGAGCAUUUUAGAUUCCUC